AUGACUGAAACACAAUUUCAGAUCUUGUCGGACCUCCAUCUGGAAUCCCCUAGCGCAUACGAUAUCUUUCAUAUCGAGCCCAAAGCUCCAUACCUGGUGUUAGCCGGCGACAUCGGCCACGUAAAGGACAAUGGCUUCUUCAACUUCCUACGCAUACAACUAGAGAAUUUCCGUCUCGUUUUUCUAGUCCUGGGAAACCACGAACCAUACCACAGCACAUGGCCAGAAACCAAGUCGCGGAUCAAAAGUUUUGAAGCCGAGCUAGCGUCUAGCAGAAGCGAGACGCGUGGACAAUUUGUUCUCCUCGAUCAAACCCGCUAUGACAUUUCUCCAACCGUUACCGUUCUCGGUUGCACAUUGUUCUCCGAAGUGGUGCCAGAACAGGAAGAAAGCGUCAGCUUUGGCCUGAACGAUUUCUAUCAUAUUGCUGAUUGGUCUAUUGAGGCACAUCGGGAAGCGCACCGUGCUGACCUGGAUUGGCUGAACCGCGAAAUUGAUUCUAUUUCGCGCUUGGAACCUGAGCGGAAGGUUGCUGUGUUCACUCAUUACUGUCCCUUGGUCGUCGAAGACGUUAUUGAUCCUAAACAUGGAGACAGUAAAAUCUCCUCUGGUUUCAUGACUGAUUUGUCAAAUGAGUGUUGCUGGAAGAAUUCUGUCGGUCUUUGGGCUUUUGGCCAUACGCAUUAUAAUUGUGACUUUCAAUACUCAGGGAAGAGGAUGGUCUCGAACCAAAGAGGAUACUACUUCGCUCAGGCCACGAAUUUUGACAGCACCAAAAUAGUUGGACUCUAG